AGCGGAGACGACACGCGUCCUUCCGCCGCGUCCGUGCUUUUCGUCCGGUGGCUUUUCCGUUCUCCGCUCAGAUACUCGUCUCGCGCUGCUCCGAUCGCUCGAGCGAACUCGGUAGUUUCGUUGGAACAGUCCGCAAAGCAAAGCCGCCACCAUGGAUGUCAUCAAGAAGAAGAUGCAAGCGAUGAAGCUUGAGAAGGACAAUGCCAUGGACAAGGCCGAUACCUGCGAGGGGCAGGCGAAGGAGGCGAAUUUGCGCGCGGACAAAGUCCUCGAGGAGGUCGCCGAGCUCACGAAGAAACUAGCCCAGGUCGAGGCCGACCUGGAGGCCAACAAGCAGGCUCUCGAGCAGGCCAAUCGAGAUCUCGAGGAUCGUGAAAAGUCUCUCACCAACGCUGAAUCCGAGGUCGCUGCUCUUAACCGUAAAGUCCAGCUGAUUGAGGAGGACCUCGAGCGCUCGGAGGAACGGCUGAACACCGCGACCGCCAAGCUGACGGAAGCGUCGCAGGCCGCCGACGAAUCCAGCCGUAUGUGCAAAGUAUUGGAAAACCGUGCGCAGCAGGACGAAGAGAGAAUGGACCAACUGACGAACCAAUUGAAGGAGGCUCGCCUGCUCGCUGAGGACGCUGACGGAAAAUCCGACGAAGUGUCGCGCAAGCUGGCCUUCGUUGAAGAUGAGCUCGAGGUCGCGGAGGAUCGCGUGAAAUCCGGCGAAGCCAAGAUCAUGGAGCUGGAGGAGGAAUUGAAGGUCGUCGGUAACAGCUUGAAAUCUUUGGAGGUCUCCGAGGAGAAGGCCAACCAACGAGUCGAGGAAUUCAAGCGCCAAUUGAAGACUCUGACGGUCAAACUAAAGGAGGCCGAAGCUCGCGCCGAGUUCGCCGAGAAGACCGUCAAGAAGCUCCAGAAGGAGGUCGACAGGCUCGAAGACGAACUGGGCAUCAACAAGGACAGAUACAAGUCGUUGGCCGACGAAAUGGACUCGACGUUCGCCGAAUUGGCAGGAUACUAGAUCACUUUGCUGCUAUCUCGUUCUACGCUUCGUGUCUAAUAAUCAUUUCGAUCAUCUAUCUCGUCGAGGGAGCAACACGUUCCACGUUCGCGCGUUACAUCUCGGCGUCAUUCGUCUGACGAAAA